AUGCACGCAACCAUGUCUCUAAUCAACCAUCCUUGCACGCUCUGCUGCAGGCCGACAUCUAUGUGGUGUAGCCGUUGUCAGAGUGCGUGGUACUGCUCGCCGGAGCACUUACACAGUGUCCCCAUCGAUCAGGAUUGGGCGCGCCAUCGGAAGGAAUGUAUCCCUGCCACUGCAGCCCCGAACCAGUACAAUGUCAACAUGAUCGCUACGCCACCACCUGCCGAGCCACAAUACAUUACCGUGUCUGCGAUUCUCUUCUCUCCCGAAGAAGAGCGUCCCCGAAUCAUCACGGUUAGCUGUCGUCCGUCCCACAAACCCUCCCAGGGCAUGUGCCCGAUCCCUCUUGUUCAGAGUCAUUUCGCCGACGGCCAGGCCGAGGGAAUUGUCCUAACUCAAGGCUUGAAUGGCGAGCCUCUCCGUUUCCCCCUUCACCUGUGGUACUCCCCCACUGCCCUCUCGAAGUCGGCCCCAAUCAACCGUGCCAUUUACCACAUUACCUCUGGCGCGGCGCCCAAACCCUGGUGUGGGACCGUGGUUGUACUCAAGUUCAACGGGUCCAGACGCCAAGGAUAUUCUGAUGCUGGUUCCAAUGACCUCCCCGCCCUCUCCGCUUAUUUCCUCGCUUACAAGUAA